UGCCGCAGAGUGUUUUGUCGAGGAAAGCCGACGCUGCCAAGGAAACACACAUGCAGGCAUAGGGAAUCCAGAUUUCAGCAUCUUCUCCAUUCCCUUGACGUCGACAAUGCAUCGAUAAUGAUGGUAGCGCGCAGCAAUGCCUUCGAUCUAUUCCAUGCGUGAUGUCUUAAUAGCUGCCAAAUAAUACAGCCAAAGAGUGGAGGUAAAACAAGGUUAAGAAAAACAACCAGUGGUGAGUGUGUGACUGUGUGUAGGGGGCAGCCGCCAUGCCGCUGGUUAAAAGAUGCAUCGAGCCCAGGCACCUGUGCCGUGGAGCCGUGCCGGACGGGGUCACCAGCGAGCUGGAGUGUGUCACAAACAGCACCCUGGCAGCCAUCAUCAAACAGUUGGGGGGCCUGAGUCGACAUGCAGAGGACAUUUUUGGAGAGCUGUUCAAUGAGGCCAACAGCUUCUACAUGAGAAUGAACAGCCUCCAAGAGAGAGUGGACCUGCUGGCGGUCAAAGUCACCCAGCUGGACUCCACUGUGGAGGAGGUUUCGCUGCAGGACAUCAACAUGAGGAAGGCCUUCAAGAGCUCCACCAUCCAAGACCAGCAGGUGGUGUCCAGGAACUCCAUCCUCAACCCUGUCAUGGAGAUGUACCAUCGCUGUGACAAACCUCCACCCCUCAACAUCCUUAGUCCCUACAGGGAUGACAACAAGGAUGGUUUGAAGUUCUACACAGACCCAUCCUACUUCUUUAACCUGUGGAGAGAGAAGAUGAUCCAAGCAACAGAAAACAAGCGGAAGGAGAAGAGGCGGCAGAAGGCAGGUGACAAGGAGCAGAAACAGGUGGAGGACCCCAGCCGGGAGGUGAAGAAGGUCAGGAAGGCCCGUAACCGUCGUCAGGAGUGGAACAUGAUGGCAUACGACAAGGAGUUCCGUCCAGAAAACCGCCUCACGCCUUCACCCUACCAUGGCAUGUCCUCUGAGGGAUCUCUCUCUCCAGACAGGUCUGGUAUGUCUGAUGAGCUGUCCUAUCCUGCCAGCCCUAACCACCCACCCCAGGAGGGAGCUGUCUUGGGUCCUGAUGGGAAGGAGCACCUCACAGGCCUCAACCAGACCCAGUCUCUGGACCGGGCCUACCGACCCCCUGCUGCCGGCAACGCUGCAGCCCAAGCCCGCCAGCACUCCCUGGGCCGCGUGCAGCCCAACCAAGGACCCACACCCACAGACCCCUCCCUAAACGGACCCCGGCCUGCAGCUGCCAAAGAGGCUAGUGGUCACCAGAUGCCAGAGCACUUUAUCCCUCCGGCCCCACCCCCACCUCCUCCCCUCAUCCCCUCAGCCCAGACGGCCUUCGACAGCACAGCAGGGCCUCACACCCUGGCCCCUGCAGGUCUCCCCACCCUGGCCCCUGGCACCAUGGCCACCCUGUCCCGCCCAUACAGCCCCUCACCCCCUCCACCCCCACCCGCCAGCUACUUCCCCUCUCCAUCCCACCCUGUCACUGGGGGACCCCCUGUUGCCCCUCCUCCACCCCCACCUGGUGGCCCCCCAACAUUCACUCCCUCCCCAGCCCAUGCCAUGCACCCCUCUGGGGGCACACUGCCAAGGAAGGGCAAGGUGCUAGGCAUCCCGAUAAGCGACGCACGCAGCGACCUGCUGUCAGCCAUCCGCAGAGGCAUCCAGCUGAGGAAGGUGCAGGAGCAGCGUGAGCAGGAAGCCAAGAAGGAGCCAGUAGGGAACGACGUGGCCACAAUCCUAUCCCGACGCAUCGCAGUGGAGUACAGCGAAUCAGAUGAGGACUCGGAGCCUGAGGAGAACGAGUGGUCAGACUGAGGCGGAGAGGAGAGGGUGGGGCAGAGCAGAGGGCUAAGACUUACUGUACUCACCUACAUACUGCUGCUAUUCCAAUACCAGGACACACACACACAGCAUACUACAUCUCGAUUGACCUCUUGUUAGGGAAAGUAGAUGAGACACUUACACAGUAUGACAGUAUCCAUUAACUAGUCAGAUACUGUAUGGGGAAGGAGGGAAAGGAGGAAGCCACAGUGGGUCUG